AUACCCUAAACACAAAAACCAAAAGAAAAUGGCAAACAGGCCACUCGAAAUAUUGACCGGAUUCCCAGCACCACCGUCCUCCGCCACUGAUCCUCCUCCUCCUCCUUCACGGUGGUGGACACAACUACAUUCAUUAUUUCUACGUCGUAAAGAACUCACCGAAGAAGAGAGAUCAGCUAUAUUUAAACCCUUUUACUACAGCUUCUUGACACUCUUUGCCGUUAUGAACAUGUUUCUCUUCCUCGACAUCUUUUUCUGCCACGUCAGCUUCUCCGUCGAAUCCAUCUCCGUUCCCCCCUCUUCCACCACGUGGCGCGUCAAUCUCCUCGUGAAAAAACCGAGCUCAUGCAGUCCUAUCAACUACAACGCAGAGAACGUGUACGCCAAGCUAGGUUCCAUAAACGCCGCCGUUUUGAAAACAUCUCGCAAGCAUGGUUCACAUGGCGGUCACACUAGUUUCUCGGUGGAUUUAGCUACGGGUGGAAAUCAAAGCGACGUCGUUGCAGUUUCUCCUAGAGUAGCCUUCGAAUUGGACAUGAAACUUAGUGGGAAGAAGAAGUAUCUUGCGUUUCUAGAUGAAUAUGGACAUUAUAAUAUCAGGUGUCAGAAUCUGACUCUCGGUUAUCAGAAGACUAAGUGCCAUUCGUCUUUCAAAGCAUCCGAUAGCAUCAUGUAAUGAAUUCGGAACUCUUCUUGCUUUCCAUUAGCUGGAUUGUUUUUGUAAUCCUCUUAUUUUAGUUUAUGGUAAGAGUUUUUUUUCUAAUAAAGUAGACUCCCUUUA